GUCAGCCAUCUUGGUCGACACCCACCUAGUGGAUUCACUGCGGUGCACAGGCAGCCCAAUCAGAGCCAACUGGUGCUGGGCUGACUGGAGGAGGGCUGGGAUUUUUUUUAUUUUUAAUGGUGUUUUUUCUCACAACACCGUGCUCUGUUGCAUUUUAAACUGCUGCUUUGCACAAAAGGGAAAGCAAGAGGCUAAAGAGCAGGGGGAGAGGGGAGGCCCCUCUCAAGACAGCAGCUUAAUUCAGUCAAUUGUGUUGAGGAGGAGAAGAGGAUGCAGACGUGAAGAGGAAGAGGAGCAGCACUCCCCCGACACCUGCUUAAACCAGCCAUCCUUGUCUGGGUUUGGGGUUUUUUUCUGUCUCCUCUCUGGUGAUUAUUUCCUUCAUUCUGUCUGAGCCGCCCGGUUGUUUUCCUCCACCAUCUCUGGCACCUGGAACAAAGGCUGCUACGCUGUUUUGUUUUUUUUCUUUCAGUUUUCCAUCUCUGCUGUUGAUCUUUUUCCUUUCGAAAGCUGAGUCAUCAUGUCUGAUCUGACGCCUCAGAGCGAGACCCCGACUCCCACUACAGACAAAAUCACCCAGGCCGCUCGGGAAACAAUCUAUCUCUGCAACUUUCGCGUUUCUGUCGACGGCGAGUGGCUUUGCCUCCGGGAGCUCAACGACAUCUCGCUCACUCCGGACCCUGAGCCGGCCCAUGAAGAUCCCAAAGACCCGAUUGCCAUUGAAAGGCUUAACUUGAUGAACAUGGCCAAACUUAGCAUCAAGGGCCUGAUCGAGUCGGCGCUGAAUCUUGGACGCACGCUUGACUCGGACUACGCACCCCUCCAGCAGUUCUUUGUUGUCAUGGAGCACUGUCUUAAACAUGGAUUAAAAAGUAAGAAGACCUUCUUGGGACAGAACAAGUCGUUCUGGGGGCCGUUGGAGCUGGUGGAGAAGCUGACCCCUGAGGCUGGAGAGAUUACUGCCAGUGUGAAAGACCUGCCCGGGUUAAGAACUCCUUUAGGAAGAGGACGAGCCUGGUUACGUCUGGCUUUGAUGCAGAAGAAGCUCUCAGACUACAUGAAGACCAUCAUUAACAGGAAGGACCUGCUCGGUGAGUUUUACGAGCCCAAUGCUCUGAUGAUGGAGGAGGAGGGCGCCGUCAUCGCAGGGCUGCUUGUUGGGCUGAACGUCAUCGACGCCAAUCUAUGCAUGAAGGGGGAGGACUUAGACUCGCAGGUCGGCGUCAUAGACUUUUCAAUGUACCUAAAAGAUGGAGGACACAGCAGCAAGAGUGCAGAGGGUGACGGUCAGAUCACUGCAAUCCUCGAUCAGAAGAAUUAUGUGGAGGAACUAAACAGACACUUGAGCGCGUCAGUAAAUAACCUCCAGGCCAAAGUGGAUGCCCUUGAAAAAUCCAACACGAAGCUGACAGAGGAGCUCGCAGUGGCAAACAACAGGAUCAUCACUUUACAAGAAGAUGUGGAGAGGGUUAAAGAAGAGAGCUCAUAUCAGCUGGAGUCCAGGAAGUUAUCAACAGCGGACGGAGUGCUGGGUGAAACCCGGAAGCAGCUCAAAGAGGAAACUCAGCUUCGACUGGACGUGGAGCGAGAGCUGGAGGUGCAGAUCGGGAUGAAGCAGGAGAUGGAGCUGUCCAUGAAGAUGCUGGAGAAGGACAUCUGUGAGAAGCAGGACGCUCUGGUGGAGCUCCGACAGCAGCUGGAAGACCUUCGUGCCAUUAACCAACAGCUCAGCCACAAGUCACAGAGUGCAGACGCCAGCUCAAAACAGAAGAGUGAAGCCAUCACUCGGCUGGAGGAGAAAAUCAACCAGAUGUCUGGAACCAUAAAGCAGCUGGAGAACAGAUGCAAACAGACCGAGAGGGAGCGGGAUCUGGCUCUAGAAGCCAACCGGCUCUUCAAGCAGGACUUUGGAGACAAAAUUGAGAGUCUGCAGGUGGAGUUGGAGCAGCUGCUGAAACAAAGAUCUUCUCUUGAGAUGGAGCUGAGGAGAGAACGAGAGCUAAAUCGGGAACUUCAUCUCAGCGCCAGAGCUUCUGCUUCUGCUCCAAGGAAGACCAAACAUCCAGAGAGUCCUUCAAAGAUUCUUUCAGAAUCUAUACCGACCAAUAGGGAGACGGAGCAAUCACAGAGUGAACAGGAGGAGAAAACCAGCCUGGGCUCCAGUUUGUCAUUGUCACAUACAGAAGACGAGCAGGAAGUGACACGUCCAGAGAACACUCAGCCCAACACUGAGCCGUACGUCUGUAUCCUGUGUAAAGAGGAUGACUCCCUCCUGAGGACAAAGACACAAUGCAGGAACUGCUUGAACGUGUUCUGUGAGAGCUGCGUCUGCCACGAGCUGCCGCUGCCUUCCUCCAUCCUCCCAGAGAAGGUCUGCACCUCCUGCUACCCGCGGUUACUGCAGCAGUACGCAUCCACCCCAACAUGAGCAGCCGCGCAUUCAUCGGGAGGCAUUCAAACCGGCACUGCAGGAAGCACUUUUUCACUUCAUGGCCAGAAACGUUAUGAAGGAUCCUUUAAGCUCCUUGGGGGAUGUUUUUUAAGACGUUCAAAUAUCUGUUAGCGAGAGCCUCACAUAUGCAGGUUUUUAUCACCGUUAAACAGAACUGAUGCCAUAUCCUCUUUUGGUGGCUUUAUUCUAAACUUAAACAUUCGGCACUUUCAUAGCCGAUAAAGGCUGGACUUGAAAUAAAGUCAACAUUUAAAUCUCAUUAAUUUAAUUACUUUCUACUUUAUAUUAAACUGGGUUACUGCAGCCUAUUUCAACACCUAUUUAACUGUUUAAUGACUAAAAUGGAAAAACUGGAAAUUUAAGCUUGUUUUCUGAGUUUUCGCUCUGCUUGUUAUCUGUAUAAUGUUGAAAAGACUGCUGGUUCCUUUGAGUUCAAACACAUUUGGCCCAAAACAAUCUCUUAAAACCUGAAAUAGUUAUCCUGUCUGUAUUUUGCUGAUAGAAAAGUGCAUUUACCGCAGAUUUCAGUAGUGAAAACUAUAAUUCUAAGGAAAAUACUAUAACUUUAUUCAUAGAAAUGAUAUCAGCUAUAUAAAGGUGUUCCUAUAGUAUUUGUCAGUAUUAAAUAAUUUCCUAAAGCUUUGAAAUGUUUGAUAUUUUUAGGGUUAACCCCUGACUGUAGCUUAGCAUAAAGCUAAUCUGCUAUAGCUGCUGGUUGAUUUCAAGUUAACUUCCUUGUGAGCUAAAUCACCAAACCAACUUUUCUUUUCUUCUUUUUUAAUUAGUCAAUCCACCUGAGAUGCUCUUGUCCAAGAACUUAACUAAACAAGUUAAUAAAUUGUAAGAAAUAGUCCUAAUUGAUAUUCUAAUAUGGGACCCAAAUUGGGAAAACAUGGAUUAUUAAAAUGGACCUAUGUGCAUAGUGUUUAGGUUUAAUGUCUGACAAUGCUGGGUAGAAAAUUUAGUUUUAACCAAUCAUCCUAGUAUGAAGUCAAAACCCAAAAGAGACUCAAGGGGAACCCAUACAAGCUUUUAUGAGCCCGGGUCCAGGCAGUGCAUGUAAAACCUGAGGAAAAAACUAAAUAUUAAUUUUCUGACUGGGACUAUGUCGGCAAAUGCAAACAAAAAUUGUUUAUUGGAGAAACCUGUUUGGCUAAUGAAUAAAUACAAUGUAGAGGGCAUUAACUGAUGCUUUUGACUUACAAUAUCCUGGUUUAGAUUCAUCUUUAGUGUUUGAGAAGUUAAGAGAGAAAUGAAAUUCUCCCUUUUAACUUCAUUUUUUAUUUUAUCCUGAACAGGAUUCAGUUCUGGCGCCUAAAAACAACCAGCGUUGCAUUUUUACAUCCAAAUUAAAACAAGCUUCUACAGUCGGUCCAAACCAAAGUUUACUGACAACCAACGAAUAAAUCAUAUAAACUAAACAAACAUUUUACAGACUUUAAUAAAUGAACAGGUGGAGCGAUCUAAAAAGCCACCAUAGAUUUAGUUUUCCUGUCAGCUUUGAGUUUCUGAAGUGGAAUUGUUUACAUUCAUGCUGUUGUCUGUUUUGCACAAGCUGUUAGAGGCAUUAAUAAAACUAGAAAUCAUCAUAAAGUCCCAUUUGCUGCUGGUGUGGAGUCUGGAUUAUUCAAAGAAACAUGCAGACAUUCCUGGCUUUGUCCUGGAUGUAAAAAGCUUUGCUCACUGUUCAUUAGAUCGAUUCAAAAGAUAGCAAACAUUUGAUUUAUUGUGUUAUUGCAAAUAAAAAUGUGAGAUGGAACUGCUGUAAAGAAACAAUAAACUGGUAUUCAAUUA